AUGGAACUUUUUAUUCCAUUAUCUGUGGUACCUAUCGGAGGCAGAAACCAGCCAUGGUUUAGUCACUCCUGCAAAAUUCCAUUACGUUAUAACAAGAGUGCUAUCAGGCCUGGGCUCGCGCAUCGAUCUCUAGGGAUGCAAAUACCAGCACUCUUAAAAAGAAGUAUAAUUCUGCCUCCAGGUCCUUCAAGUGUUAUUGUCAAGGCAAAGUUAGAGCAAAUCAGCAGAAUUGGCGAGAAACUAAUUCGUUUUCCUUCGGGAACACGUGCAUUCUGGUCUCUCGCCAAGCCUGUCCAAGGGAACUUCCGUCAGCCAUCUCUCCCAUCUCUGCACGGGGAGGAUGACUCACUGGCCCAUGCCGCAAAGGAAAAAGCCGAUGUGCUGGGCUCUCUUUUUGCGUCCAACUCGACUAUUGAUGACGGGGGAAGCACACCACCAAUCAUACCGCGGUGUGAGUACUUCAUGCAGGAUGUGUUGUUUACCCAACGCUCGGUGCGCAGAGCACUCCUCUCCCUGGACAAGUUGAGUGGACCUGAUGGCGUCCCUCACAUUCUGCUGAAGACGUGUGCUCCGGAGCUAACACCGGUUUUAACGCGUCUUUUCCGGUACUCCAACUCCCUAGGCGUAGUCCAGAAAUCAUGGAAGACCGAAAGCUGUCUUCAGCUUCUGAGCACCCGAUCCCUAAAAAUGGUAACCACUCUGCUCCGUCCAAAUAUGGGCCUAUCGCCAUCACCUCCUUGUUAUCGAAAACAAUGGAAUCCAUUAUUAAUAGCCAGCUCAUGCGGUACCUUGAGGAUCACCAGCUUAUUAGUGACCGCCAGUACGGUUUCUUUCGCAGUCGCUUGGCUGGUGAUCUUCUGA